ACCCCUGGCUAAUUUCCAUGUCUGCCCACAGGCCCCGCACUGCGCCUGGCCUGACCGCCGCGAACAGAUCCUGGGAUCUCUCCUCCCUCCGACCCUCCCUCUUCGUCUCUCGUUUCCCUCUCUUUCGGUCCCUACCCCGACGCCCGCUCGACCUCGGUCCAAGUCCGGCAGCCAAGGCGACAGCGACGGCAAGGGCAUUUUAAACGGUGGCACACCAAUUUGGGCAAAUCAUCAAAGUUGCACCAAUUUCGGGGCAAAUGAUAAAAAGUCCUGUUUCACCGUCUCAAUCCCACAUGGCUGUAGCGGCGGCGCAGCUCCGUGGAUCGGCCAUGGUCGCUCGGAGGCAUGGAGCCUUCAGAGUCCCCUCCUCCUGCCGGUGGCCACGUCACCCUCUCGCCGGUUCACUAAAGUUUUCAGUUUCUACCAGUGGAGUGAGUGGGAAGCUGUUUGGUUUUGGUGCCAAAAUUGCAAAAAAAUGUGUAAAUGAGAACACUCGGGCUGAAGAGUUGAAUUCGAGAUCAGAUCAAGCAGGCGAACUUGUAGCACCAGUUGAAGAUGUGACUCCCCAAAAGAGGAGCUCUAAGAUCCAUGAUUUUUGUUUUGGGAUUCCUUUCGGUGGUCUCUUGUUCUGCAUGGGGCUUCUAGGCUACUUUUUCUCUAGGAGUACUGUAAGUCUUGUCCUAGGUGUUGCACCUGGGCUUGCUACGCUCUUUCUUAGUACCCUCAGUUUAAACUUUUGGAGGAGUGGAAGAUCCAGCUUCCUGUUUAUAUUGGGCCAAGCAGCAAUUUCUGCUGUCCUUGCAUGGAAGUAUUCUCAUGCAUACUUACUGACGAAUAGAAUUCUUCCUUGGGGCUUCUACGCUUCACUGAGCACUGCGAUGGCUUGUUUCUAUGUGUACGUGCUGCUCGCCGGAGGAAAUCCACCACCCAAGAAGUUGGCCCCGGCACCAUCGACCUAGAGCAGGGAGCAGGCAUACAUUUUUUAUCCUAGCUUAAUUUGGCCUUUGUGCUCCAUAAAAUGCUGCGACUACUAGCACAGAAGAGUUAUGUCUUCUUCUAUAUUUGUAUGUUUCCUAAUAGUAGGAUUGAGGUAACAUCGAGCAAAUAAUACUGGCAGGAUGGUUGUAACGAUCCAGCCCUGAUGAGCAUUUUUCUUUCGGUUA